AUGAGGACGGCGACCUCGGGGGGUGCUCUCUGCAUCACAGUAUUAGGUGCAAGCUCGCCAAACGCAAGACCAAGCCAAGCUGGGAAGGGUGGGCACGCACGCACCCGCCAGGGCCUUGGCACUCGACGUAGUAUCAAACCGAGUCUCGAUUGUAUUCUUCCUUUUGCCAUUCCCUCCACAGGACAAAAGGACAAAAGGACAAAAGGUAACAAAGACGCCAACAAUGCCAAGACUGACCUCCAAGGAACAGCCAAAUCCACCCGUCAUCAUGCAUCACAGCCUCCGCGAACCAGCGGCCGUGGAGCUCUCCGUCGACUUUCCGGGCAGGGGACCGUGGGAGCCGGAGCCAGGUACUCCAGAGGCCUGAACGAAACGGAAGACGCCAUAAAAGGCAAAAGCAGCCAUGAGCAGGGCCCACAAAGAGGCUAA